AAUACUAAAGAGAAAGAAUGCACAAGAUAACACAUUAUUAGAAUGCACCUUCAGUACAGCAACAACAACAGCAACCACAACCACAAACACAGCAAGAGCAACAGUCUCAGUCUCAGUCUCAGCAAAUGAAACAAGAACCACCCUCUCAACCAUCACAACCUCCUCCUCCUAUUCCUUUAUCACAGCAAGCCAUGCCACCACCUUUGCCUCAACAGCAAUCGGUUCAACUACCUAUGAUGACCAAUACCAUGCCUAUGGUAUCUGUACCACAGCCUAUUAAAGCCUUUCCUACUAUUCCAGGCGUACGUCAACCUGUAUAUCAAACUUCCCCUGAUGGAACGAUCAGAAAACGACGUGGACGUCCACCAAAGAGUGAAACGGACGCAUUAGCUGUUCGACCAACCACUGAGAUUGAUAUAAAUACCUUUGAUCCUGUAGCCUUUGAAAUCGAGCUAUUCAAUGCUAUCAGAACACACACUGAUAAUUCGAAUCGUCUUUAUUCUGAAUUAUUUGAAGAUUUACCAGAUCGGCAUGAAUAUCCAGAAUAUUACAGUGUGAUCAAGAAUCCACGAUCGUUAUCUGAAGUAGCAGAAAAGAUGCAGACACGAAGCUAUCCAAAUUUAUAUGCUUGGAUGAGUGAUAUGAAAUUAGUGUUUGAAAAUGCUCUCAAGUUUAAUGAACCUGGUUCACGUAUCUUCCGUGACGCUAAACUGCUAUUGCGUUUAUUGCAUCGACUUAAAGAGCGUAUCUUGGCUAGAUUAGGAGUUCCUGUGAGCCAAGAGGAUGCAAUCAUGCGAUUAGAUUUAGCCAGUCGGCCGUUUGAUGCAGAAGCAUUAAGCGAAGAUAAGCGCAAAAUCAAACGAUUCUUGACGAGUAGCAAAUCUCGAACUCAGAGCAUAGAACCAGAUCAUCACCACCUUACGUACCAACAACAGGCUACGGCCACACCUAUGAUCCAUCCAUUGCUCCUUCAACAGCAACAGCCCCAAGCCCAACCUUCGUUUUUACAACCUCCACCACCUUUCCUUAUGCAGCCCUCCCUGCAACCAUUACCUAUGAUGACACCUAAUGCUUUUAUGCCACCGCCACAGCCACCGAUGAUGGAACAGCAUAAUAUAGAGUUGCCUAAAUCACCGCUGACGAAGGCAUCUAAGGAAUUCUAUGCCGUGUUUGCAGAAGGAGGUUCUUUCUUGAACGAAUUGACUGUGUCCUCCAAAGACUUUUCCCAGCGGCUGACUGGCGACUAUUUUGGACAUAGCAUCGUCGUACCUCCUGGUACACAGACACUUGACAUUCAAACAGACUUACCUAAGCCCCUAAAGAAUGAAGACAAACGAAUUACAAUUACCGUAUUGCAGAACAAUGUAAAACUGAACCCAACUGCGGAUCUAUCAUGGACGACUGUGCCGCUGACAAAAGGCAUGAACGUCAUCAAGAUCAACGUGACAGCAAAUCUAAGUCAACCUGAUUCAACAGUGCCUGAGUUCAAGUCCCAGAUGUAUCAUCUUUUUAUUACUCAAUAAACUAUAGUGAAAUGUACAUGGAGCGCUUUUUGCCUGAUGGGUACACGGUCAUGGCCGAAGCAAAGAGGCCGGCGGAGAGUCCGAGGGCGAUA